CGCUCACUUUAACUCCACGGUGACUGGUGCAGCUUUUCGUGCAUGUGUCUGUUUCUGUGUGAAGUCAGUGAAUGAGUUGGCUCGCAACCCGCUAACUGGUGAACAACACAUUAUCAAACGGAUGCUGUAAAUUUAAGGGGUGUUUUUUUUUUUUUUUUGUAUAAACGUCUGGUAGAGAUAUGAACCUCUCUAUGGUCCAGAUCAUGCUGGUAUGGAUUCUCUGCGUAUUUGCCGGUCCAGUUUCCAGCUCGGCGGAUGAGACUAGUCUGGUGAAAACCCUGUUUACUGGUUACAACAAGGUGGUUCGUCCUGUUAACCACUUCAGCGAGCCGGUGGUGGUCACCGUGGGACUGCAACUGAUACAGCUGAUCAGUGUGGAUGAAGUCAACCAGAUUGUGACCAGCAACGUCCGUCUCAGACAGCAAUGGUUGGAUGUGAACCUGAAGUGGAAUCCGGAUGAUUACGGAGGCAUCAGGAAGAUCAGAGUCCCUUCGACCGACAUAUGGAAACCUGACCUGGUGCUAUACAACAAUGCUGACGGUGACUUUGCCAUCAUCCAUGAAACUAAAGUCCUGCUGGAGCACACGGGGAUGAUAACGUGGAACCCUCCGGCCAUCUUUAAGAGCUACUGUGAGAUCAUUGUGCUCCAUUUCCCCUUUGACCUGCAGAACUGUAGCAUGAAACUGGGAACCUGGACGUAUGACGGCCUGCUGGUCGUCAUCAACCCAGACAGCGAUCGGCCCGACCUCAGUAACUUCAUGGAGUCCGGUGAAUGGGUGUUGAAGGACUACAGGAGCUGGAAACACUGGGUUUACUACACCUGCUGUCCCGACACGCCGUACCUCGACAUCACCUAUCACUUCCUGAUGCUGCGGCUGCCGCUCUACUUCAUCGUCAACGUCAUCAUUCCCUGCAUGCUGUUCUCUUUUCUCACCGGGCUGGUCUUCUAUCUGCCUACCGACUCCGGUGAAAAGAUGACUCUCUCCAUCUCUGUCCUGCUGUCUCUCACUGUCUUCCUGCUGGUUAUCGUGGAGCUGAUCCCCUCCACCUCCAGCGCCGUUCCUCUCAUUGGGAAAUACAUGCUCUUCACUAUGGUGUUUGUCAUCGCCUCCAUCAUCAUCACCGUCAUCGUCAUCAACACGCACCACCGCUCGCCCAGCACUCACACCAUGCCCCCCUGGAUCCGCAAGGUCUUCAUCGAAACCAUUCCCAACAUGAUGUUCUUCUCAACGAUGAAGCGUCCAGGUCAGGAGAUCCGGCAGAAGAGGUUGUUCCCCACUGACAUGGACAUCUCUGACAUCUCAGGUAACCCCAACCCCACCACCGUCACCUACCAGUCUCCCAUCGCUAAAAACCCUGAUGUCCGCAGCGCCAUUGAAGGGGUGAAGUACAUCGCUGAGACCAUGAAGUCAGACGAGGAAUCCAACAAUGCAGCAGAGGAGUGGAAGUUCGUCGCCAUGGUUCUGGACCACAUCCUGCUCUGCGUGUUCAUGGCCGUGUGCAUCAUCGGGACGCUCGCCGUCUUCGCUGGGAGACUCAUCGAGCUCAACACGCUGUAGAGGCCCGACCCAUGAGGGAGUCGCUCUAUUUUUUUCUCUCACUUGGGAGAUGCAUCAGAGGAGUUUUAUCACUGGACUGGGUCAGGUUGUGUUCGCUCUCUCCUCCCUCUGUCUCUCACAUGCAAACAGACGCAGUUCGACUUUUAAACGCUGUGAAGUUUGUGUAUUUGUGAUCUUGAUGGGUCAUACUUGAAUCUACUGUUGUCACUAACAAUGUUUUCUAUUGUUGUAGUUGUUUUUCUACAGGCUUUUACUGCUGUAAUUCACUCCGGUGGGCUCGAUGAGUGUAUUUUUAGUCCUUCUGUGUGGAACACCGUGACGGUAAUAACUGAUUUGUUUUUGUCUUUUGGCAGCUUGAAUUAAAUAUUAAAACAGAAAAAAAAGAAACAGUUUAACCCUGAGAAGGUUUGCAUGUUCACUGUGCUGAGAAUGAAUGCUACAUUAUCUGAAAAUACUUUCUAUUAACAGAAAAUCCCAUUACUGUAGGUCAGUCCAGGGCUUCAGCUCUGAGUGAAUGUCUGUGUAGAAAAAUGUUACAGGUGAGAAAGGACGAUUAGUUCAGCUAGCUCAAAACAAGACCAAGUAAUCUAAUUGUAUUUUUUUAUGCAAUUUAAUUAGCAGUUCCAUUGGCUGAGCGUAAGUUGACCUGGAGUGCAGGCAAGAUGUUUCCUCCACCCGGAAGUUUUAUUGUUUUGUUUUGCCUGACACUCAUUUAUCUUCUCAAGUUCUGGGUUAUAUUGAUGGUUGUGAAUUCUGCAAAUGUUCAUGGGUUAGCGGCAAUGUUUAUUUCCUCUUAACUCUGUUGUUAAAUUAUUUUCAACCACAUUGAAGGACUGUGGUUAAAAACGUUUUAAGUGAUCUGCUGCUUUUCAAAAACAACAUGUGUAUUUUUCAGUGAAAAUGUGUAAACAACAGGUGCGCUGAAGGUAAAGUUACCGGUGAAUAUAGACGAUAAAGGCAAGAAAUGAAUGUUUAUCGUUUCAGUGUUGCAGGAUUAAAACUGAUAAGAAUUGUGUGUUUUGUGUAGAUUUAAUCUUGCAAACAGUGGCAUAGAGAGGAACAUUGUUAAGCAAUGGAUGUGAAAAUAUUCCAUGGAGAAAUAUAUCACAGGUGCGGUGUUGCCGCCCGUGUCAUCAGCAACCAGCUGAGGGCAACUUGAUUUAUUUUGCAGCUGUGAUUCCUGAUGAGGAAAGAGUGACUUUUUUUUAUAUUUGCAGUUGUGUAGAUGUGAAAUAGAGUGAAGAAUAAAGGUCAUUAAUCCUUUAUUUGA